UUACCUGUCAAAACACAGACGUUUUAUUGUUAGGCCCAGAAACGGAACUGAACGGAGCGAGCGGACAGAGCGAGAGAAAGGAAAAAAAUAGAUUGUUGUCCCAAGUCCUACCGAUCCGUACGUGUCUGUGUGUGGGGCGAGUGUCGUGCCUAUUGUUUCCUCGGCCUGUGCCCGACACGGUCAGCCCAGCUCGUUCAUCCGUGUGCACGCCCCAGACGCAUCCGGACCCCCAGCAGUGCCAGCCACAGCUAGUUGGGGUGGGCCAGAUAAGGAAUCGCACGCACACAGAAACGAAAAGAACGGGAAAAGAAAACAUCGCAAAUUUUUGGAAAAAGGAACAUCCCGUUCGCAUUGAUUCGUCGCUUUCGCACAGCUGCUGUACGGCAUUGUUGCUCAUUGUUACAGGUCGAGCAGUGUGUGUGUGUGUGUUUGCCACCAGUGUCCACAAAACCAGCUGGACCAGCGGAGUGACCGAGUACAUCCUUUCGCGAGUCGUCGUACUGCGUUGUUUGUGGUUCCGUCUGUGCGUUGGUGUGUGUGUGUGUGUGUGCUUCCGUAGUGUGAAUUGUCUUCAAUCUCACAUCCUCCAUCCCGUCCCGCGAGCGGUGGUGCCAAAAGGGAAUCAAGUGGGCAUCAGCAGGGAAGGGUGUGUUACCGUGUCGCCUGUGUGUGUGUGUGUGUGCUUGAGUGUGCGUGUGUGUGGUUGUGGAGAAGAAAGCGCAAAAGUGUUCGGUUACGCGUACGCAUCCGGUAUCCGCUACGGAGCAGGCCAGGUGGAAAAUGCUGGCAGAAUGUCGCACCAAACCCCCAUGCUGAGUUCGGCCAUCUCCCGCCGCAAUCCGGAGGACGAGUACGAGCUGAUCCACAAGAUCGGCUCCGGGACGUACGGCGAUGUGUACAAGGCCAAGAAGCUGCAGUCGAAUGAGCUCGCGGCAAUCAAAGUCAUCAAGCUCGAGCCGGGCGAUGACAUCCAGAUCAUCCAGCAGGAAAUAUUGAUGAUGCGCGACUGCCGCCACUCGAACAUCAUCUCCUACUAUGGCUCGUACAUGCGCCACGACAAGCUCUGGAUCUGCAUGGAGUACUGUGGCGGGGGCAGCCUGCAGGACAUCUACCAGGUGACGGGGCCGCUAACGGAGCUGCAGAUCGCGUACAUGUGCCGGGAGACGCUGCGCGGCCUCUCCUACCUGCACUCGAUGGGCAAGAUCCACCGGGACAUCAAGGGCGCCAACAUACUGCUGACCGAGCGGGGCGACGUGAAGCUGGCCGACUUUGGCGUGAGCGCCCAGAUCACGGCCACCAUCAACAAGCGGCGAAGCUUCAUCGGUACACCCUAUUGGAUGGCGCCGGAAGUAGCGGCGGUCGAACGGAAAGGUGGUUACAAUCAUCUGUGCGAUAUCUGGGCCUGCGGUAUCACUGCAAUCGAACUGGCCGAACUGCAGCCCCCGAUGUUCGAUCUGCACCCGAUGCGGGCACUCUUCCUGAUGUCGAAGAGUGGCUUCAAGCCACCGACGCUGAAGGAAAAGGACCGUUGGAGCACCAACUUUCACUCCUUUCUCAAGGUGGCCCUCACGAAGAACCCGAAAAAGCGACCGACGGCGGAGCGGUUGCUGCAGCACGCCUUCUUCCAGUCGGACAUGUCGAUCCGGUUGCCGCAGGAGCUGCUGCAGAAGUAUCACAGCCCGCACGCGAGCUACUACUACCAGGAGUCGGAGGAGGAAGGAGCCAUCGCAAAUGGACCACAGAGAAUUACGAGUCGAAUGCAUUCCUCCAAUUCUGUUUAUCAUUGUAAACCAUUGGAAAAUGAGCGUUCAUCUAGUCCAGAAACACUACCGAGUGAUAUGAGUCUAUUGCAUUAUAUAGACGAGGAGUUGAAGAUAAGGCGUACACUACCCUUGCACGAUAACUCACUGCUGGCGUGUGCGAACGAUGAUCUAAGCUCUGGCAGCAACGGGCAACAGCAGCAUCAGCAGCAUCGUACCGGCAAUGGGUCCGGUGGUGGUGGGACUGGGUCCACCAAUCAUCAUCACCACCACCACCACCAUAAUUUGCUGGACGACGAGGACAGUCUGAUUGCGUCAAACAGCAGCUACAUUACGGCCAGUUUGGCGACAGCGUCCGAGUAUGACAAUAAUGGGCGGGACGAUUCGACGCUCAGCUAUGAUGCGAUGGAUCAGCUGACCGCGAAACUGGAGCAGCUGAAUGCGCAAAAUGGAGCAACGACGAUGGGUGAUUCGCAAGAGCAUGAAGGCGGUAGCAAGCGACACUCGAUGGAUCAGCUGAACGAACUGUUCAAGGGAAUCGACAAGUCUUCCAGGCAGCGUAGUUUAAGCGAUGGAGAUGGUAACAGUGAAGGAGCAUCCGAAUCGCAACCGGACCUGCUCAACAAUACACCGCCCAUUCCGCCGAAGCGCAGUCAUCGCAGCCGGCGCCACACGCCACCUCGCCCCGUAUCGAACGGACUGCCACCAACGCCGAAGGUGCACAUGGGCGCCUGCUUCUCGAAGGUGUUUAACGACUGUCCGCUGCACAUCAACUGCACCGCGUCCUGGAUCCAUCCGGAGACGCGCGACCAGCAUCUGCUGAUCGGUGCGGAGGAGGGCAUCUUCAACCUCAACCUGAACGAGCUGCACGAUGCCGCGAUCGAGCAGCUGUACCCGCGCCGCACCGUCUGGCUGUACGUAAUUAAGGACAUCCUGAUGUCGCUGUCCGGCAAGACGGCGCAGCUGUACCGGCACGAUCUGCUGGCACUACAUUCCAAGCAGACGCACCGCUUCUCGAUGCACAUGAAGAAGAUACCGGAGAAGCUGGUGCCGCGCAAGUUCGCCCUCACGACGAAGGUCCCGGACACGAAGGGCUGCAUGCAGUGCUGCGUGACGCGCAAUCCGUACAACGGAUACAAGUACCUGUGCGGUUCGAUGGCGACCGGGAUCUUCCUGAUGCAAUGGUACGAUCCGUUGAACAAGUUCAUGCUGCUGAAGCAGUGCGAGUGGCCAUCCGGCAACAUCCAGUAUUACGGUGCAAAUUCGAACGUGUUCGAAAUGAUCAUCACACCCGAGCUCGAGUACCCGAUCGUGUGUGUGAACGUGCGGAAAGGGCCGAACGAUACGCUCAAGCUGGAUUUGAUCAAUACCAAUAGCACUCCCACCUGGUUUAACACGACGGUGGAGGAAAUGGACGGUAUGGCAACGGUUAUCAAUCGGCGCGAUACACUUCGACCAAUAAAAGUGCAUCAGAUUGAAAAGGAUGCGAUACUGGUGUGUUACGAUCGGUUCGUACAAAUCGUCGACAUUCAGGGUUUCCCAAAGCAGAGCCGCAAGCUCAUAUCGCGCGUGGAAUUUAGUUUUGUAAUCGAAAGUAUAGUCUGUUUAACUGAUAGUGUAUUAGCGUUUCACAAGUACGGUAUGCAGGGUCGCUCGCUAAGGAAUGGUGAGAUUACGCAGGAAAUUACCGAUACGAGCCGCAUCUACGAGCUUAUCGGCAGUGACAACAAAGUGGUAAUGCUGCAAAGCCGCACCAUCCGUGCGGACAGCGGCGGCGAAGGGACGAGCGAUGUCGGCCACGAUCUGUACAUAUUGGCUGGCCACGAAGCAAGCUACUAGAUAAUGGGCGCCCGGUGGUGGCGAUAUUUACGUUGUUUUGCGUGUGUUUGCGUUGCGUUGCAAAUUCGCAUCACUGUGCAGUGGUUAGUUUGUUUUCUUUUUAGAAAAGAAGCGUUGGAAGUAAGGCCAUACUUUUAGGGAGAAGAAAAUUGGUUACGCUCCACGCUCCACUUUGGUUUCCGCGCAGAACAGCAAACCCCACGAGUGGUUUGUCGCUGACGUUCAUGGUUCAAGGCGCAAAAUUUUGAGGUGACAAUGUACGACAAAUGACGGCAGACGAACACACAGUCACAUGACGGAACAGUUUGGGGAAAAGGGACAUGCAGAGAGUAGCCCAAAAAAGUAUUAAUUUUAUUUAGUAGUACGCAUCUGAGUUCCCUUACAUUUGACAUUAAACGAAUGCAUAAUGCAGACGUUAGUUGAGAAACGAGGGUCACGAUUAUGCUUGUACAGUGAUAUGCGGAUAAGUGCAGGUCUGCCACCCUGUCGAUCAGUGGUUUCAAGCGCAGCCAAAAUAUGGUAUCGUUUUCUUCCCUCUUUUAUUAACACGUACUACUAGUUCUGCUACUACUACACCUACUACUACUAUCCAAUUGACAUUGCCUUAGGCAGGCAAGGCAGCGGACAGAGGUUGAAUAUAAUUCACACUGAUAAUAUAUGCAUAUAUUGGGUUAUUUGUAACGAGCUACUCAUACUACUUGCUCACACGCAGCAAAAUACACAGGCGACAUUCGAAUGGAACGGAAGGAAAGCAAUAGCCAGAAGCAGUUGCUUAGGUUUGUUUCGAAAAAGGGUCGCAUACACUUACCUCCACACUCAGCCACAACACUACAAAUGCAUUCUACACAAGAAGCCGUAAACCACACACACACACAGAGUACAGUGUAUAGCAAAGAGAGAAAGAGAGUAUAUUUUUAUAUAUCGUAUGAUCCGUUUCAUCUCUUUUCACAAUUUCGGUUGCUGCAAGAACGUUUGGAGAAUCAAGUUCCGAGACUAGAGAGCAGACUCAAUGGAAGGUGAAUAGAGAUGUACUGAAAUGAUUAACUAUCCAACAGGAAACUAAGCUACUGCUAAAACGCGGGGAAACUAUUUACACAGAUCCCUCUAUAAAACUAGCAUUUUCUUGUGGUUACGCCGGAAUUGCAAAACUCCUGUCGAGCCCCCACAAUGCGAACAAGCUUCUCACAAGAUUCAGAUUGUACAUUUGAUAAAACAAAACAAACACACACACUCACACAAUACUGCUGUUAAAGUUGUCCCCCGCGUAAGCUGUGCACGUACAUGCAAGUGUGUAUGUGCGUGUGUGUGUGUGCGUGCGUUAUUACUGUUAGACCCAAACUCAAACAUGAUAAAAUAGAAGAAAGUUACAUGCAUUUGCAAAUACAUAAAAAGAAACACUCCAUACACAAUUCAAACAUCUUUGCGCGUGUCUCGUAUUGCUUUGUUCUACACCAGAAGGAAAAUAAAAACAGCAAACGAGCACCGAAAAAAAAAGAGAAUAGAACAAAACAAGUGAUAACGGUACAACACAAUUCAAAUAGCAAUAAAACAACAAAAAACGCGUCAAAGAGAGGCAAACAAAACGACAAAACGAACCUAAUUAAAACACUGUAAGGCGGUUGCGGGGCUAAGAAAUGAACAAAAGAAAAGGAAACAAAGAAAAUAUGCUAGUAUUAUGUCUGCAAAACAAAACAAAAAACAACGCUAGACUGACGAUACUAUAAAAGUAAAAAACACACAAACACACUAAAGCCAGUGAGAACAAAACAUACAAAACAAUUAAACAAACAAACAGUCAUAUUAAAAUUACUUUAACGGAUAGGGCGAAAAUUGCAUUAUUAUAUCCGCGGCAAGAUAUUCCAUUGUUUGUUUUUUUUUUUAAAUUAAUCAAUUAAAAGUUGUUUAAAUUAGUUUAGUUUAAAAAUACCUCCGCCACUUUGGCGGAUGAGACAAACAUUUCCACCAAACGACAAUGGACCAUUUGACUAUUUUUACCCCCUAUAGACACUGGGAGAAGAGCUUUGCUCUGCACAAUUCCACGUAUCGAAAGCAUUCAAACUUUACGACCAACAUCUUAAGGUGGCGUUUUUAAACCUUGCGUGAAAGUGAACUUGAAAUUUUGGGUUUUUGUGUGCUAUAUUUCAUUAAAUGUUUAUCAAAAUAUGGUUUAUCGUACGCCAAAAGAAAGAAUAUUCAAUUGUUCAACUAUUUACAGUGUAAACUAAUAAAUUAAAUGCAUUUCCUUGUGAUUCCCCACUGACCGUAAUUGUGAGUCCGUAAACAAAGCAGGAAAAUCACAAGAAAAUUCAUUUAAUUUAUUAAUUCAAUAUGUUUUAUGGUCCAAAUAGUUGGGGAAUUGAAUAUCCUUUCGGUUGGUGUACGAUAAGCCAUAUGAUUAAUACGUAACGGAGUAUAGCAGAGGCGGUCCCGUGGUACAGUUGUCAACUCGAACGACUCAAUAACGAGCCCGUCACAUAGGUCCAAGCCUAGAAUAAACCAUCCCUCCGUAGUAAGGUUGAUUGAUUAUCCGGCUUCUUCGAUUUAAGUCUCGAAAGGCUGUGUAUAUAGACAGGCCGGCGGGCAUGUCCACGUAGGACGUUGUUACUCCAAAAUAGAAAAAGAAAACGUGUAGCAGAAAACUCCAAAAUUUCACGUUCAAUUUCAUUGGAACCUGUAAUCCGGGCUUAACGACGAAAAAAUGACAAAAAAACAUAUGCAUUAACUUCGCAUUCUUUGUACUGCAUUUUUCAAUUGCGAACGAAUGCGUUUGUGUUACUUCAAACCAACUAUAUAUAUUGUCCUGUGUUUUCCUUUCUGUGUGUGUAAUACUGUUCGUGUUAUUAGUUAUUACUACUAUUGCUAGGGUUACUACUACCGUAUUACCUUUCUUUCCUUAAGAGCGUUGCUUCGCUUGAGAUUGAUAUGUUGGACAACAUGUUUUCCGUAGUAGCAAAUAAAGCAGCGGGUAAAUUGUAUAAUACAUAGUUAGGCGGCCCCUGAGCAGCAAUCUUUCCCAUUUCCAAACUACCGCAACUACGCGCCCCCUUAAACACCCAUUAGCACACUCACACAAAUAGUCAGUUUCUUUUUUUUUUAUUGGUAAUAAGGAGUGAUAGAGAUUCAUUAGUGCGAAUGUGCAAAGCGUGUGAGAGGUUCUGGGUUCUGGGAAAGGAAAUUCGGAUUUAUACAUAUAAGACACGGGUGUUGACACAAAAUAGCGUCUACAAAACUCCCCCCAUAGAAACAAGAAGUUAGAUUGAGAAGUAUGUAAAAAGUGCUAAGAUGUGUAAAAGUUGUAACCAAAACAAAAGCGGGGAAAGAUGGAUGAAAGAGAUGAGCAAAACGCCACGAUAUUAAGGGUCGGAAUCACGGUACGAGAUAGGUGGCCAUAAUAUAUAGAUCUGCAGGCUAGAGAGAAAGAGUGAAGUAGUACUAUCUAGGGACAGCAAAUGGGCAGCAGCAUGGUGAGUUCCCCAAGUUCCAACAUAAAGCCUUUGUUUUUUUUUUUUUUUUGUUGCCAAAUCUGGACACUAUUUCCUUGACCGCUCCCGCAAUUUACUCCGUUAAAACGCGUUUAAUAUGAAGCGUUAUGCAUGCGUUUUGCAUGUGUGCAACAGUUGCAACUUCAUUUAACACACACACAUCCCUCUUAGUAGAUUGAAUUUAGAAGAAUUUGUUCAUGUUUUAAUUACACGUUGGACACUAUCGAUCAAACGUGCCCAACACCGUUCAAUAUGCUGCACGGCGACACCCCCCCCCCCCCCCCCCCAAAGGGCGCGUAAAUUGUACGCAAGAUGUAUCUAUUGUUUCGCUAGGGCCCACAACACAAACACACUACUCUCACCUAAAAGUGAAAAAGUUCUCCCCCACACGCGUUAAGGCAUUGAUGAAAAUAAAGAGAGUUUAAAGUAAUGUGA